AUGGCCGCUCGACGGGACGCCUCGUCACGCGUCGGCGCGGCGAUAGGGCAGAGCCCGUCGCAAUCUCAGAGGUCGUCGCUGGCAAAGAAGAUCGCCAGGUUCGAGCGCGCGGACGAGAACUCGCGAGGAACCCAGAAGUUCGACGGGUCGAUGGGCGAGGAGACGGCGCGACCCGUCGGCGCGCGUCCCAUGGCGCGGCCGAGCGGCAAGACGCCUCUGAAGAGCGCAAACAACGCCAAUCGCAGCCUCAGCGGCUCCCCCAUCGUGUCCAAGGCGCUAGCCGCGCUGGACGCGGCGUCGCGGGGCGAGGACCUCACCGACUCGGACGACGACGACGCGGCGCUCGAACCAAACGUUGGCGACAAUCCUCGGGAGGAGGAGGAGGAGGAGUCGGAGGACGACGCGGCGAGGCGGAUACAGACCUGGUUCCGAGGGUACAAGUCCCGCAGGGAGGCGUCCGAGGAGAAGGUGCGCGAGGUGAUGGCGGAGAAGAGGCGGACGCUCGAGCGCAUCGCGCGAGCGAGAGACGAGGACCGAAGGGCCAAACCGUCGAAUCCCGCCGCCGCCGCCGCCGAGACCGCGUCCCCCGAGCGCCCCGUGUGGCCCGAGGACGCGCCCGCGCCCGCGAGCGCCUCGCCCAUCGGCGGCGGCUUCAAGUCCUUCGUCAGGGACGUCGCGGCGAGGGUCAUCCAGCGCAGGGUUCGAGAAUUCAUCGCCGCGAGGCGAACCCAAAAAACGCCGGUUCGAGCCGCAGAGCCGGCGGCGACGCCGGUGAGCGGCCCGCGCGUGGGCGCCGUUCCCGCGCCGUUCCGCCGCGCGGUCGUCGGGGAACGUCCGGGGCACGGUGACGGGGACGGGGAGGCGUCGCACACGCAGACGUCGUCGCCCACGCAGACGUCGUCGCCGUCGCAGACGUUGUCGCCGUCGCCCGAGCGGCUCCCGAAGCCGUCUCCGGCGAUGGCGCGACACGCGACGCCGCCGCGGCUCCGACGUUCCCCGGCGGGGAAGCCGCCCGGGCGGGUCGUCGACGCCCCUCCCCAAAACCCGCGCGCCAGCGUCUCCGACGAUACGCUCGCGUCGAUCAUGAGCUACCUCGACGCGGUGGAGAACGAGGGCGCUGUCCCGACGCACCACGCGGCGCCGGCCGGGACGUCCUUAGCGCACCAGCACGCGCCGUCGUCGUCGACUGCUAACCGGCGGGUCGUCCCCGAGUGGGUCCGCUCGGGUUUCAGCGCGCCCACGCACUCGCACCCACCCGCGCGGGAGGAGGAGGGACCGGCCGCCGGGAGAUUUGGACUAGCCGCCGUGCUCUCCCAGUAUCGUCCGCAGACGCCCAUUCCGGGGUUGGCGGACGAGGAGACGUCGUCUGCGGACGGGGGCGUCGCGCUCGCGACGGCCACCAACGUGUACGAGGGCGUACGAGCUCGUAUGGACUCGAUGAAGUCGGAGCUUCAACGCCGGGAUAAGCUGGUGGCCAAGCUGGAAGCUGAGCUGCGAAUCGCGUACGAUCGCGCCGCCGCGCAGACGGCGCAGCAGCUCCAGGACCAGCGUCAGGCGCACGAGACGGCGACGCAGCGGCACCUCGAUUUCGCCGAGCGAUUGCUCAAGGACAAGGACGAGCUCGCGGGUCGUUGCGCGGAGCUCAGCGAGAGCCUCGCCGCGGCGGAGGCUCGACACGCGUCGCAGUCUGCCGAGAUGAAAGCCGCGUACGGCGAGCAGCUCAAGAAGGCGAAGCAAAAGUGGGACGAGGCGCAGGCCAAGUGGGAGUCGGAGAAGACGCUGGAGAUUAAGGAGAUGACCAUCCGGGGGCUGGAGCCCGAGAUUCAGAGGCUUGUCCAGAAGCACCGGAACGAGGUGGGCGACUUGAUCGAGAAGCACCGUGAGGAGACGCGCAGGCUGGAGUCCCACCUGACGACGAAGCACGAGGACGCAAUGCGCGCGUUGCGGGCGGAGAUGAACGCGCAGUUCGAGGAGGAGCUCGAGCGUGAACGCGCCAGCGGCGGCGCUCGACUCAGAGACCAGGCGGAGCGGCACGAGCAGAGCAUGAAGACGUUUCGCGAGCGAGCCGCCGCGGAUGGCGCUUCCGGCACCGAGAUGUACGAAAAAGGUCGGCGGGAAGAGCGCGAAAAGUACGAGCAGGUUGUUCAGCGUCUCAACGAGGAGCACACCCGGCGAGAGGAGCGCAUGGCUGACCAGGCUGCCGCAUCCGCCGACGCGGUGCGCCGGCGGCACGACGCGGACCUCGCGGCGCUGCAAACUAGGCUCGAUCAAGAGUCCGCGGCGUGGCGCGCAAAGGUCACCGCCAAGGCUCAGGAGGCGCUGCGCGAGCGCGAAAAGGAGAUCAAGGCUCGCGCGAUCGCCGAGCGAGAUCGGGAGAUCGAGGCGAUCGCCGCGAGGCUGAGGGAAGAGGCGGUGAACGUCGUCGGAGAUUCUCGAGCCGAAGAGCUUCGCGCGACGCGCGAACGGGCGGAUAGAGCCGAGCGUGCGGCGAGCGCCGCCGAGAGGGAGUCCGCGGCGGCCAAGGAGAAGGCGUGCGCGCUGGAGAGGGAGCUACGGGCCGUGCGCGAGACGGCGAUCAAGGAAGGGGUCGUGGGCGGCGCUUUCGAGGAUAGGAUCAAGGCUCUCGCCGCCGCCGCCGCCGCCGCGGAGAAGAGGGCGGCGGAGUGCGAGGCUGAGCUGGCCAAGGCGAGGCUCAUGAAGGAGGAUGAGGCCGCCGCUCUGGAGGCGAGGGUGCGCAUGGCGAUCGGAAAGAAGGAUGAGACGAUCGCGCAGCUCACCGCGCAGCUGAACGCCACCAAGGCGCUGCUCGAGGAGGCGCCCAUGUGUCUCGAGGACUGA